AUGACGGAAUCUCACACCAAUGGCAAUGGCAGCCCCGUAGACGCGCCCCUCAACCGCUCAGAGGAGGUCAAAGACUUGCUCGACGCAGUCCAGGAGCGCAUUGUUCCCUUCAUUGCUGCCGCAGAUCGCGAUGCAGACGCCAAGCACACCGGCCAUGGUCUGGCGAUCAAAGGCGGUGCGCCUCGCACUGCGCUCGUCGAGCACCACCCGCCCAAGAAGCUCGAAGCUUUGCUGCAAGACCAGCUGAAGAUCGGUGAUGAUGUUGAAAAAGGCAAAGACAGGUUGCUUGGACUGGUCGACUCCAUCUUGAAAUACAGUGUAAACACGUGGGACCAGGGGUUCAUGGACAAGCUAUAUGCCAGCACAAACGCCGUAGGAGUGGUCAGCGAACUGCUUCUCGCCGUCCUGAACACAAAUGUCCAUGUCUACCAGGUCUCGCCCGUCCUUACUCUCAUCGAGAAGGCCACCACCAAGUACCUCGCGACUCUCUUUGGCUAUUCAUCUCGGUUCUGCGGCGGGGUUUCCCAGCCUGGUGGCAGCGCAUCGAACAGCUCCGCCAUUGUAAUCGCACGCAACACACUGUAUCCCGAGACCAAAACGGAGGGAAACGGGAGCCAUAAAUUCACGCUCUUCACUUCCGCACACGGCCACUACUCCGUCGAGAAAGCGGCGAACCUCUUCGGCCUCGGCAGCAAGAAUGUCAUCGGAGUCCCUGUCGACGAAGCUGGACGCAUGCGCGCAGACGAGUUGGAAAGACUAGUCAAAGAGAGUAAGAACAGAGGUGAAACUCCCUUCUUCGUCAACGCAACCGCUGGAACCACGGUCCAUGGCUCAUACGACCCCUACCCGGCCCUCAGCAAGAUCUGCAAGAGCCACAACCUGUGGCUGCACAUCGACGGCAGCUGGGGCGGAUCCGUCAUCUUCAACACCUCGCUCGCCUCGACCCGCCUCGCCGGCUGCGAGCUAGCAGACAGCAUAGCCAUCAACCCGCACAAGAUGCUCGGGGCGCCCAUGACAUGCUCCUUCCUGCUGGGCCGCGACAUGCGCACCUUCCACAGCGCGCUCACCCUGCCCGCGGGCUAUCUCUUCCACAACGACGGCGCCGACGUAAACGACAUGUACGACCUCGCGGACCUCACGCCGCAGUGCGGACGCCGUGCAGACAGCCUGAAGAUGUUCCUCAUGCUGCAAUACUACGGCCCGACGUACUUGUCCAACCUAGUCGCCCAGGGCUUCGACAACGCAGAGUACCUGCUGCGCGCACUCCAGCAGAACGGCCAGUUCAUCACCAUCUCGCCCGAACCCGUGCCCUGUCUGCAGGUGUGCUUCUACCAUGCCCGCGACGGGACGCUGGGCGCAGACGCGGAGGGGAACAGCAAGGCGACGCAGGACAUUGCGCACCGGCUGAUUCCGAGGGGCUUCAUGAUCGACUUUGCGCCAGGCGAGCGCGGCAAGUUCUUCCGGGUCGUGGUGAAUGGCGGCACGAGGCGCGCGACGCUCGACGGCCUGGUCAAGGCGCUUGUCGAGACGGCUGGCGAGCUGGGGUACUAG